CUGAUGUGCAUUAUUGUUAGCUCUGAAGCCGACAUUGCAGCAUUUAAAGAUUAUGUGCCCCAGCCCAGUGAUGAUCAGCCACCACCCGGGAAGAAAGCUUCACCUCCAGCUGCUGCUGCUGCUCCACCACCACCACCACCUUCUACUCAGCCUUCACAAGCUGCAGCAGCAAAGCUGCCAGUUUCUCCCGUGGCUCGAGCGCCACCUACUGGAACAGGGGCAAGAGUAUUUGCUACACCCUUUGCCAAAACCAUCGCUGCAGAAAAGGGAAUUGAUUUAAAGGCUGUGGCAGGCAGCGGCCCAGAUGGCCAGGUACGUGCAGCUGAUGUUCUGCAAGCAACACCAGGUGUAUCUGUCCCAGGUGUGGCUGCCGUUGCACCUGCAACAUCCCAGAGUUUUGUUGAUUUCCCACUCUCAAACAUGAGACAGGUUAUAGCCAAGCGGUUGACCCUGUCCAAGCAGACAAUACCUCACUAUUAUCUCACUACUGAGAUUAAUGUGGAGAGAAUACUCAGCAUCAGGAAAGAUUUGAAUGCCUCCUUAGAGAAAAAAGGAUUAAAGAAGAUAUCUGUCAAUGACUUUAUUAUAAAAGCUUCAGCACUGGCCAGUAAGAAAAUACCAGAAGCCAACUCUUCAUGGAUGGGAGACUUUAUCAGACAGUACAACACUGCAGAUAUUUCUAUCGCUGUGGCCACAGACAAUGGCCUCAUAACUCCAAUAGUUUUUAGUGCCGAGACAAAAGGUCUGUCACAGAUAGCUCAAGAAGUUGCCACUUUGGCUGCUAAAGCAAGAGAGGGAAAGCUGCAGCCUCAAGAAUUUCAGGGAGGCACAUUUACAAUUUCAAAUUUGGGCAUGCUUGGUGUGAAGAGUUUCUCUGCUGUGAUUAACCCGCCACAGGCGUGUAUCUUGGCUGUGGGAGGUGCUGAGAAGAAAGUACUUGUGGAUGAAACAUCCCAGUCGGGCGUGAAAACAAAGCAGACAUCUAAAAGAUGGUGGUGGCAAGCUUCUGAACCAGAAGAUUUCACGACCAUCCAUUGGGUGAGGAUAAAAUUCAAGUCUGCCCAUGUGAUGAGCGUUACUCUGAGUUGUGAUCACCGUGUGGUGGACGGCGCUGUCGGAGCUCAGUGGUUGACUGAAUUUAAAACUUUAAUGGAAAAACCAGAAUCUAUGCUGUUGUAA